CCCACCUCAAAUACUUUGUUACAUGCAAAGAAAAACAGAGAAUAGAAUGUUGGUUUUUCAUUAUAACAAAUCCUUAAUUAUCUCUUAGCCUUUUGCUUCUGUUACAGACAAAGUCACGUUCUCAUUCUCUUUUUUUCUUUCAUGUAUUCGGUAUUCGAAAAUCAUUAUCUCUCUGAUUUUCGUUCAUGCACGCAAAAUAAGCUGUAAUUUUAUUUUGGCAUAAGCUAAAUCAGUCUGAGUUAAAACAUAGUAUUUCAUGAGGACACUCUGUCCAAAUGUUGAUAAAGAAGAUGGGUUGGAGACAGUGCUUGAGGUGCCAAUACCAGAUGAAAUGUUCAAAAGCAUGGGGAGCAAUGCAGCACUUAGAUGGCAAAAUAUGGCAACCUGGAUGAAAGCUCAAACAUCUGAUAAAUGGUCUUCCCCUAUUGUUGCUGCUCGUUAUAAUGAACUUAGUUUCCUCCUUUACACGGUCGGAUCUCCUCUUAUCCCUUUCCAAAUUCAAUUGGGCCAAUCCGUUAAUCGUCCUGUCAAACAUUCUUCCAUUGAAGCGUCAACAGCGAAAUACAUAUUGCAACAAUACAUAGCAGCAACAGGGGGACAACCAGCGCUAAAUGCAGUGAAUAGCAUGUGUGUAAUUGGGGCAGUUAAAAUUACUGCAUCUGAUUUCCAUCAAGGUGAUCAAAGUGUGAAGGUGAGAAAGAGUGACGAAAACGGAGGCUUUGUGCUUUGGCAAAAGAACCCUGACCUUUGGUGCUUAGAAUUGCUUAUCUCUGGAUGCAAAGUCAUUUCUGGUAGUAAUGGCAAAAUAUCAUGGAGACAAUCUUCUAAUCAAAUAAGACCUAUCUCUAAGGGUCCUGCCAGACCUCUCCGCCGCUUUCUCCAGGGACUAGAUCCUCGGUCUAUAGCAAACUUGUUCGCGAAUGCAGUCUGCAUAGGAGAGAAGAUAAUAAACGACGAGGACUGUUUCAUUCUCAAAUUAGACACCAAUCAAUCAGCAUUGGAGGCACAAAGUGGUCCAAAUUAUGAAAUACUUCAUCACACUAUCUGGGGGUAUUUCAGUCAAAGAUCAGGCCUUAUGAUCAAGUUUGAGGAUUCCAGGCUGCUAACAGUUAAGACCAGCAGGGACGAUGACGGCGUUUUCUGGGAGACGAGCACAGAAUCUGUUAUGGAGGACUAUAAGUAUGUUGACGGAGUUAAUGUCGCGCAUAGUGGCAAGACUUUUGUUACAGUUUUCAGAUAUGGAGAGCACUCUGCAAACCACAAGAGACAGUUGGAGGAAAGAUGGAAAAUUGAAGAGGUAGAUUUUAAUGUUGGAAGAUUGACAGCUGAUUUCUUCAUGCCUCCUUCAGAUUUCAACAAAGAACGUUCUCGGGUCUAGAUUAGAUGUUGGCAAUUAUAUUCUUGAACAAUUUUGCAGUAUAUGAACAAGCAGAAA